GCCACUGAUGCGGCAGCCUGCAAGCCGCAGGAGAGUAUGAUGUGUUCGCUCGGCAACCAGCAAAGACGUUAAUCAGCGGCCGACCCGGGAAAUCUCAGGCUGACUCACUGGUCGCUGCGGGAGUCCUAUAAAUCUACCUGAUGUGUCCUCGCCCAACGUUAACAUCACGAAGCAUCUUCCUCUUGAACUCCUCCGCAAUAUCCAUCAGCAAAUAAGAUGACUCCGUCGCACUACAACCGUAUCAUCCUCGUACAGAGACCCACAGGGCCCGUGGAUUCGUCCACCUUUCGACAGGAAACCCUGCCUUUUGACCUUAAGCCUGGAGAUGGCCAAGUCCUCAUACGCAUCCAAUAUCUCUCCGUUGAUCCUGCGCUGCGCAUGCUGCUCGACGAUAUAAAGUCAUUUACCACGCCGACGCAGAUAGGCGAACCCGUCCGGUGCAUAGGGGUCGGCACUGUUGUCGAGUCCGGCAAGAACAGCCCUCUUGUCCCGGGUGACAUCGUUAGCGGAUUUGUCGGAUGGACGGAGUAUGUCGUAGCUGAUGCCGAACAGUUCACCAAGGUCGUUGUACCAGAUGACGCUAAUAUUGUCGACGCGUUAGGAGCCCUGGGCCAUAUCGGGCUCACUGCUUACUUCGGUCUCAUAGAUGUCGGCAAAAUCCAGGCCGGCGAGACUCUGCUCGUCUCCGCUGCCGCAGGGGCCACCGGAUCGCUCGUCUGCCAGCUCGGUCUUGCGAAAGGCGCCAAAGUCUACGGCAUUGCGGGCUCGCAGGCUAAGUGCGAAUAUCUCGAGAAGACGGUCGGCGUGACCAAGGCGUUCAACUACAAGAGCCCGACAUUCCACGAGGCCCUCGCCAAAGAGAUUGGCGGCUUCGAUUUGUUCUUUGACAAUGUCGGCGGAGAUAUGCUCGACUUUGCACUGACGCUGAUGAACACGCAUGCGCGUGUCGUGUUGUGCGGAAGCAUUUCUGAGUACAACUCGACGCAGCUCAAGCCGCUUACGAACCACGUCCAGCUGCGCAUGAAGCGUGCCAAGAUGGAGGGAUUCAGUUUAAUCGACUAUCUCCCGCGCUUAGCCGAAGGCAAACAGUAUCUGGCGGAACUGAUGAAGCAAGGGAAGUUGAAACAGCAAUAUCAUAUCGUCAAUGGUCUGGAGAACGCGCCGAAGGCGCUGGGCAUGCUAUUCACUGGCGAGAACAAAGGGAAGCUCAUUUUGAAGGUGGCAGAUUGAUGAGAUAUCAAGGUCUUUUGAAGCGUCUGUAUUUGUAUUGCGGCUCGUGUAACCUCAUAAACCACUUCGAAAUCGUCGGUCUUGAUGUAUAAAUUCGCCAGGUAUGGCCUUAGCCAAGCAGCUCUGCGGUUAUGUAGUGCUUCUGGAUCCUCGUUUUGUGCACGCAGCUACUAACACUGCUGUGCGGGAGGCACGCCACUGAGAGCCGGAAGUCUCAU